AUGAUGAUAGAGAUCAUACUGAGAAAUAGAAGAAUUCCGUACAAGUACAACUCUUAUUUGAACGAAAUGAAAAAAAUGCGAUCUUUGUUGUCUAAUAGAACAAACACUAAUAACUUAAUUGAGUCGAUCAAGGUGAAAUCUGUUUAUCAAAGUGCUUUUCUGAUUGCUCAAGAAAUCUCUUUUCAACUGAGGAACAAAAAAAGAUCAUUUCAUUCCAUUUUUAGUAAAAUAGUUAAGGAUAUUCAACUACGAUUAAUAUCUUCUUUAGAAAGGUCGGGGGUAGCAAAAUCUUAUAAAUUACGAUCAAUUCAUUCAAUAAUUCCAAAUCCCCCGCUCAUGGGGGAUGUCCUCAACGCCGAGGAACAUAUACUAGGGUGUCUUUUUUACUAA